UCGAGGAAGGAAACUUCAUCUGCCCAACAGUUCCUCUCGAUCUCUUGGUGCUCGAGAGAGAGAGUGUGUUUGAUUUCUCGGAAAAUGCUUAUAGCAAUCGAAAGUAAAGAGCAACAAAGAGAUCUGUAGUAACCCAUUCGUCUUAUUUUGUGGAAUUACCAGUGUCUGCAGUGGGAGGGAGAGUGUUUUUUCUUGUAUGUGGAGAUGGAAGAUGUUGCGGGUUUACAAGAGGCAGCUGGAGCCAGAUUUAGUCAGAUUGAGUUGAUUGGAAGAGGAUCUUUUGGUGAUGUCUAUAAAGCGUUUGAUAAGGACCUCAAUAAAGAAGUUGCCAUUAAAGUAAUCGACCUGGAAGAAUCAGAAGAUGAAAUCGAAGAUAUUCAGAAGGAAAUUUCAGUCUUAUCACAAUGUCGUUGCCCGUAUAUUACUGAAUACUAUGGUUCUUAUCUUCAUCAGACCAAGUUGUGGAUCAUCAUGGAAUAUAUGGCUGGUGGCUCAGUUGCUGAUCUUCUUCAAUCUGGUAAUCCAUUGGAUGAAACAUCUAUCGCUUGUAUCACACGUGAUCUGCUUCAUGCUGUUGAAUAUCUGCAUAAUGAGGGAAAGAUCCACAGAGACAUUAAAGCUGCUAAUAUUUUGUUGACCGAGAAUGGCGAUGUUAAGGUGGCGGACUUUGGUGUGUCUGCUCAGCUAACGCGGACAAUAUCAAGAAGGAAGACUUUUGUAGGAACCCCAUUUUGGAUGGCACCAGAAGUGAUUCAAAACUCAGAAGGGUAUAAUGAGAAGGCAGAUAUUUGGUCGCUUGGAAUAACUGUUAUUGAGAUGGCAAAGGGAGAACCUCCCUUAGCUGACCUUCAUCCUAUGAGAGUGCUUUUUAUCAUUCCUCGGGAAAAUCCGCCUCAGUUAGAUGAGCAUUUUUCCCGUACAGUCAAAGAGUUUGUUUCAUUAUGCUUGAAGAAGGUCCCUGCUGAGAGACCAAGUGCUAAAGAGCUUAUUAAACACAGAUUUAUUAAGAAUGCUAGGAAAAGUCCGAAACUUCUUGAGAGGAUAAGAGAGCGGCAAAAGUACCAAGUAAAAGAGGAUGAAGAGACACCAAGGAAUGGUCCCAAAACGCCAGCUGAAUCAUCUGGUACUGUUAGGCUGGCUAGAGACGAAAGAAACCAAGGCACUCCUGGAUCUAGUUUUCAGGGGCAUACUGUUAAAAAUGCUGGAUGGGACUUUAGCGUUGGGGGGUCACAGAGUGUUGGAACAGUUCGUGCUUUAAAACCUCCUCAAGCGAGAGAGAGGCGCCAUGAAGGUUCUUCUAAUCAUAUGUCUCAAAGAACAACGAGAGCUAGUGGUCAUCAGUGGCCAUCUGCGACUGGUAGUACAACUUCUGAAGCCUCUGAAGGAGGUUUUGUCAAAAGACAUCCUUCUCGGAAUGACCAUGAAGAUGGCGUCCACGAAGAAGACGAUUCAUCGCUCAGUGGUUCGGGAACUGUUGUCAUAAGGACCCCAAGAAGUUCUCAAUCAUCUUCAAUAUUCCGUGAACAAAGCUCUAUGUCUAGCGCCAGGUAUACACCUUUUGAUGAUGCUUCAGCAAGUGGAACUGUUGUUGUUCGUGGACCGUACGAUGACUCUGGAUCACCCCGAACCCCAAAAUCUAGACUAGGGAUUCAAGAGAGAACUUCCAGUGCCUCAGAAGAUAGCAUCGCAAAUCUCGCAGAGGCAAAGGCAGCACUUGAUGCAGGCUUUAGAAGGGCAAAUGCUAGAGAAAGACUUGGAAUGGGGAUGAACAAUAAUGAUGAGAAGGUUAACCGAAGAAGGGAAAAAAUUGCAGAUGAUUCCGAUUAUUCAAGACAAUCUGGCGACAAGUCAAGUAAACAAAAAGCACGUCCUAGGUCAGAACAAGUGAGUGAUGAAGAAGAUGACUCCAAAUGGGAAUCAUUGCCUGCAUCAUUGUCAGUAUUGCUCGUACCAUCCCUACAAGAGGCUCUUGGUGACGAUCCAGAAGAAUCUAUUGGACGUACAGUGUUGAGAUCCUUUGAGAGAAUGGAACGUGAAAAACCUGGUUCUUGUGAAGCUUUUGUUGCCAAGCUGAUUGAACUUUUGGGAAGUUCAAAAGAAGCUUCGAUGAAAGAUUUGCACGACAUGGCGGUCCGUGUUUUUGCCAAGACCACACCGGACGAUGCAGUGAUCAAAAGGAAACAAACUAACAAGGAGUUCAGUUCCAACACAAAUGUUAGCCCACUCGGCAGAUUCUUACUCUCAAGAUGGCUAGGCCAAUCAUCUCAUGAUCUUUAAUCUCCCACCUUGAGACAACCUACAUAUAUAGUUACAUUGGCUUGUGCUUUUUUUAAAAAAAAAAUCUUUGAUGCAUUGAUUUUGGUAUUUCUGUGCAUAAUUUGUUUAAAAAAUGUAUUUUUAUAGUUUUCAUUUUAAUUUAUUUUUUGUUUCUUUCCUUCGUUUUCUAUUUACAUAUUUUCUUUUGUAAUUUUCCUUUUCCCGAGUUUUCAAGAGGAAUUUUAUUCAUAGUUGUGUAUUAUCUGUCAAAAGGUUAGGCAUAUUUUCUGUUUGUAUUGUUACUAAAUGUAUUAUCUCCAAGACUCUUUACAGUAUUGGAAUAUUUAUUUUUAUUUGAAA